UCGCCAUUCCUCAAUUUCUCGCGGAUUGGGCGGGCCGAGCUAUUACGAAUAUAGCUGCAGCUGGAAAUUGCUUUAAAUUAGACAACUUCUUAGUUUCAACAUCCAAAAUUCUUGCAAUUGCCUACGCUGAAUCUUCGUGUCACGGUCUCAUUUCUGUAAAGUGAGGUCACGGGUGCAAGCGCGGAAACAACCUCUUGCAAAAGUGCAAGAUAAAGCUGCGUACAUAAGACCCAAUGUGGUCCAGACCUUUCCCGGACCCCACACAUUGCGUGAGCUUAGUGCACCGGGCUGCCUAUUAAUUAUGUUGAAAGAAAAUUUGUAUAACGCAUUUAAUUGGUAGUUACUUUGCUCAUACUGUAUUGCUUUUCUGAAAAUCUUCACAGUCCUACAACAUAAAAUGAGAUGAAAUCCUUACUGAGAUUCAAAUCCAAACUCACACCAGUAUUUGGUCUGGUUUUUAUUGGUCCAUUUCCUCCACUCUUUGCACUUGGACAUCUGCUUCAACAUCUGCGCUGUUACUCUGGUGUAGCAACUCAGUGGCAGAAUGAGACAAGAUCAAUUAAAUGUAAUGAUAUGCUCAAUGAGUUCACUACUUACUGCUAUCAAAGGGAUCUUUCCAGGGCUAUGAAAGCAUUAAACUCCUUGCAAACUCACAAGAUAUGGGCUGAUGCUGUCACCUACUCUGAACUCAUUAAGUGCUGCUUGGCUCGUGGCGCAGUCGAACAAGGCAAACGGGUCCACCAACAUGUGUUCUCCUAUGGUUAUGAGCCCAAAACGUUCCUCAUUAACACACUUAUUAACAUGUAUGUGAAGUUUAACAUGCUGGACGAAGCACAAGCUUUAUUUGAUCAAAUGUCUGACAGAAAUGUUGUCUCCUGGACUACAAUGAUAGCUGCCUACUCUAGCGCUAAGAUCAACAACAAGGCUUUGGAGUUUUUGAUCCUCAUGCUGAGAGAUGGUGUGAGACCUAAUAUGUUUACUUACUCCUCUGUUCUGAGAUCUUGUGAUGACCUGUCCAAUCUUGGGCAGCUCCACUGCAGCAUACUCAAAGUUGGUCUGGAGUCUGACGUAUUUGUCCGAAGUGCUCUUAUUGAUGUUUACUCCAAAAUGGGUCAACUCGAGUGUGCAUUGUGCACCUUUAAUGAGAUGGUGACAGGGGAUCUUGUUGUCUGGAACUCCAUUAUUGGUGGAUUUGCUCAAAACAGUGAUGGGGAUGAAGCUUUGACUCUCUUCAAAAGAAUGAAGAGAGCCGGAUUCUCGUCUGAUCAGUCGACCUUGACAAGUGUUCUUAGAGCUUGUACUAGUUUGGCACUUUUAGAAGUUGGAAGUCAAGUCCAUGUUGAUGUACUCAAGUUCCAGCGGGACCUAAUCCUUAACAAUGCACUUUUGGACAUGUAUUGCAAGUGUGGCAAUUUAGAAGAUGCCCACAAAAUAUUUACUCGGAUGGUAGAGAAGGACGUGAUCUCCUGGAGCACCAUGAUCAUAGGCUAUGCCCAGAAUGGUUUCAGCAGAAAAGCACUGGAAUUAUUCAAGGAGAUGAAAGUCUCAGGGAUCAAACCAAACUACAUCACUGUUCUUGGAGUUUUAUUUGCUUGCAGCCAUGCUGGACUGGUAGAAGAUGGGCAAUAUUACUUCCACUCGAUGAAGAAGCUCUUUGGUAUUGAUCCAGGAAGAGAACACUACGGUUGCAUGGUUGAUCUUCUUGGAAGAUCUGGGAAGCUAGAUGAAGCGGUGAAACUAAUCCAUGAAAUGGAAUGUGAACCAGAUGCUGUGACAUGGAGAACAUUGCUUGGUGCCUGCAGAGUACAUCGAAAAAUGGAUUUAGCUGAAUAUGCUGCCAAACAAAUUAUAAAGCUGGAUCCAAGUGAUGCAGGAACUUACAUAUUGCUAUCUAAUAUUUAUGCGCACACUCACAAAUGGGAAGACGUUAUGGACUUGAGAAGGUCCAUGAGGGAAAGAGGAGUGAAGAAGGAACCAGGAUGCAGCUGGGUUGAAGUGAACAAACAGAUCCAUGCUUUUAUUAUGGGAGACAACUCUCAUCCACAAAUAGAGGAAAUUAAAAAAGAGCUAAAUCAGAUUAUUUGGAGAUUAAAGGAAGUGGGAUAUGUUCCAGACACAAACUUUGUCUUGCAAGAUCUUGAAGGUGAACAGAUGGAAGAUUCACUUCUGUACCACAGUGAGAAAAUAGCUGUUGCCUUUGGUGUAAUGAGCCUGUCUAGAGAGAAGACCAUUAGAAUCAGGAAGAAUCUCAGGAUCUGUGGAGAUUGCCAUUUAUUCGCGAAACUUUUGGCACAGAUAGAGCGUCGGAGCAUUGUCAUAAGAGAUCCUAUCCGUUACCAUCAUUUCCAGGAUGGUAUUUGUUCAUGCGGAGAUUAUUGGUAGAUGGGAAUGGACUUCAAUAUAGUAACACUUGCAGAAAUAGUGUCAACUAUGGAGCUCAAAGUACUGGUUUCAUGCAGCAAUGGUUGGGUUGACAAGAAUCCACUCUCUGCCCAACUUGCAUUUGUAUUGGCAGCUAUGAGUUUCUAGGUUGGCAAGCAAAAUUACUGAGGAGACCUCUGAAGAUUGCAAGGUCCCCUAUUUGAAAUCUGCUAGAAAAUGAAGCUUAUCCAAGUCAAGAGCUUUGUGCAACUACAUUAAAAAUCCCUGAUCCAGAUUUAGGGGCAAUCUUUGAAAUAGCAAACUGGUGAAACAUGAACUGCUUAUAUCUGUCAAGGAAAGGAUUGCUAAGAGUACAUUCUCUAUGUAACUGGCAUUUGCAUUGGCAGCUAAGGUUUUAGGUUUUCCAUUUCAGCCUCCUUAAUAUUGAUAUUUACGGCCCAAGAGUCCCCAAUUCGCUUGGUCUAGAAGGGUACAAGAUUUACCAGAGAAAUCUGGUUUCUUUCUGUUGUCUAUAUUUAGUCUAAUGUUGAGGUCACGCAGUUUCGUUGGUUCAAAACACAGAUGAUAUGUGGCGCAAGAAUGGUCUAUUUAAGUUCCUGAAUGAAUUCAUCCCGAAGAGCUUGAUUUCGUGUGGCUGAUGUCCCAGCUUAGACCACAUAUUACCAUAUUAAAUUGCAAUUCCUCCAAGCAACUGGAAUAGAUGACAAGUUGAAGAAGAAUUAAACGUCAAGAUAUGGAAGAAGAAAUUGAAGUUGCUUGGCGAAGGUUGUUGGAGGGAGAGAUUGCUUCUGAAAUCCUGUUAGGAAAUCAUAGAGACUAUUUAUUGCGGGAGUCUGAAAUCAUCAACAACAACAACCCAGUGAAAUCUCAUAGAUUGGGUCUGGGGAAGGUAGUGAGUACGCAGCCCCGAGGGAGUAGAGAGAUUGUUUCGGAAAGACUCUCUUCUCAAGAAAACGAAAAGAGAGUGCAGGAAUCUGAAAUCAAAUAUACAAAAACUGCAGCUAUGAUCCAUAAAUUGGAACAUACAAUCAAUGAUCUGAAGGAAAAGGAUGCUAAAACUUGGAGGAGAAUUGAUACAGCGGAAGGUGAUCUCAAGUUAUUGCAGAAGCAGAUUAGAGAGUAUGAGCUUCGUCAUCCGCCUAAAGUUGUAUCUAUUGACCAAGAUAACCUAUGCAACCAGUUGAGGUCAAAUCUUCUUUUGCACCUCUAUAAUGAAAGAAAGAUACUUGAAAAGACGAUUACUUUGCUGACAUUGAAAAAUGAGGCCCAAGAGAAGCAUAUUCAACAGAUGGUAGCCGAGUUCUUAUCAACAGCUAGAGGCUCAUUCGGAGAUGUGAGGCAGGUUAUUUUCAAUUAUGUCCGUCCAAUAGUCAGUGCAUCAGUAAUAGUGGCAAUGUUAGCCAUUUCAGCAUCUUUUUUUAAUGUUCUGUGAAGAGAUCCAAUUCACAAGAUAGUUUUCUGGACGCCAAACUAUCAAUGGUUUUCGUCAAAACAAGGUACUUCCAGAGCCGUUUGAGGUCACCGCUGCUUACUCCGAGGGAAAGACGCAGCUUGAAGCAGCUAAAAUCAAGAGCGUCAUGGAAAAUUGAACAAGUAAAAGUAUUAAUUUUGUUGUAAUUGUUUUUAAAGAAGUUGUUAUGUAGUUUUAGAGAAUUCUACUUUGGUUGGAAGGUGAACUAAUUACUUGGAAUAAAAUUAGCUCGAUUUGAAUGUAAA